AUGAUUGCUGCAUUCAUCAAGAAUCACACUCGAUGGGAUGAGCUGAUUGACGAGCACGCGUUUGCUUCUAACACGGCCGUCCAUGAAGCUACACGCUCUGGCCCGGCUUUUCUUAACUACGGGCGACACCCAGAGCCGCCAAGUAAUGCUCGACGCACGGAGGAGCGCGCGGCUGUCGAACAGCUCGAGGCUGUCGCUCGAGCCGACUGGCACUCCCGCAUGAGCAAACUCGACGAUUUUCGAGCAAACGCGCUCGGAAACUCUAAGACUGCUCAAACCAGGCAGGAGAAGUACUAUAACCAGAAACAUCGCGACAUCGAUUAUGGUGUGGGCGAUAAAGUAUGGGCGAGAAAUCGCGUGCUCUCCUCCGCUGCCAAGGCCAUAGCUGCUAAGCUUUGUCCUAAAUACGCAGGGCCUUUUGUUGUAACGACUCGCCUCGGCAUGAACUCGUAUCAGCUCCAAACGGAAAAUGGGGUUGAUAUCGGAAAGGUGGCCGUAAGCGACUUAAAGCCUUGCUCCGAUGACGAGCAGUUUCCUAUAGAUGAGACAUUUGACGGAGGAGACGCCUCCGAGAGUGAAACCGAAAAGCUCUUGGAUGACCAGGCUGCUGAGCAGUCUAAGGCCAAUGAAUCAGCAGUGGCCCCUUCAUCUUCUCCAUCGGCGGACCACUUAAUUCAGCUUAAGAAGAGCCAGGCCUAG